UCCACAGCUUAUUCCAGUGACAACAUUUGGCCUGGGUGUCUGGCAAACGAAACGUAAAGCAUGGAAGGAGCAACUUAUCAAGGAUAUUGAAACCCUAACAAAAAUGCCACCAGUAGAUCUGCCCGAUGAUUUAAAUGCCCUCAAAGAUAUGGAAUAUCGUGCCGUCAAAGUUAAGGGUCGUUUUUUGCACGACAAAGAAUUGGUAAUGGGUCCACGUGGCUUUAUACGUCCAGAUGGUGCCGAAACUCAGGGUGGUUUAUUUUCUCAACGUGACACUGGAAAUGGUUAUUGGAUUAUAACACCAUUUCAAUUGAGUGAUCGAGAUGACAUCAUUUUAAUAAAUCGGGGCUGGGUGUCGAGAAAAAAUCUGAAACCAGAGACACGUACAGCUGGUCAAAUCCCCAAUGAAGUAGAGUUAACCUGUGUUGUGCGUAAGGGAGAAAAGAGGCCUCAAUUUACACCAGAUCACAAAGGAGAUGUAUUUUUAUAUAGAGAUUUACCAAAAAUGUGCGAAGCCACUGGGGCUCAACCAGUAUUUCUUGAUGCCACGUAUCAAUCAUCAACACCCGGUGGACCCAUUGGUGGACAAACUCGUAUAACUUUACGAAAUGAUCAUCUUUCAUAUCUUAUUACGUGGUACAGUUUAUCAUUGGCUACUGCUUUCUUGUGGUAUCGUACGGUAUUGAAACGUAAACCAUUUUGA